AUGGGGCCAUACGACUAUCUUUUCAAGCUCCUGCUCAUCGGUGACUCCGGUGUUGGCAAGUCUUGCCUGUUGCUCCGAUUUGCCGACGACACCUACACCGAGUCUUACAUUUCCACCAUCGGUGUCGACUUUAAAAUUCGAACGAUAGAGCUGGAUGGGAAGACGGUGAAGCUGCAAAUCUGGGACACGGCUGGCCAAGAAAGAUUCCGUACCAUCACUUCAUCCUACUAUCGCGGUGCGCAUGGCAUCUGCGUCGUCUACGAUGUGACCGACAUGGACUCAUUCAACAAUGUUAAGCAAUGGCUCCAAGAAAUUGACCGGUAUGCCACUGAAGGCGUCAACAAGCUUCUCGUUGGAAACAAGAGCGACAUGUCGGAUAAGAAGGUUGUGGAAUACACAGUUGCAAAGGAAUUCGCCGAUAGCCUGGGCAUCCCGUUCCUCGAGACCUCGGCCAAGAACGCUAGCAACGUUGAGCAAGCCUUCUUGACCAUGGCCCGACAGAUUAAGGAGCGCAUGGGUACGACGACGGCCAACAACACCAAGCCCAGCGUGCAAGUUGGACAGGGCCAGGGCGUGGGCUCCUCCUCAAGCAACAGCUGCUGCUAG